AUGUCGACUCGAAGGAGCUCGCGACGAACCAAAAAGCAGAUCGACUAUUCGAAGAUUGGCGAUAUUGAUGGGAUAUCUGAUGAUGAAUUGGCCGGAAAACAAAAGAGACAUGAAGUAGAGUCCGAGUCGGACGAGUUUGAACUCGAUGACAAGAAUGACGAGAAUGCUGAAGAGGAUGACGACGAAGAAAUAGAUCUCGCAGCCGAAGAUGAAGAAGAUGAUGAUCAUAAUGGAGAAGCUGAAGAGGAUCUUGAUGACGUAGAUAUUAUAAGAACUACCACUAAGGCCAAGACGAAGAAGAGUAAGCCGAGAUCGGAAGAUGAAGACACAUACCUCGAGAAUGGUACAUAUGUCAAUGGCAAUCGGAAUGCUCUGAAAUCAAAUAAAAUGCCAAAACCUGUGGCUCUGCGACCGUCGAAAGCCCCGGGGGUUCGCGCAGAGAGUUUAAAAGAGCGAUUUCAGCUCUUUUAUGGCAAUAAUGAUUCAGCUUUUGUAUAUGGGAUUAACCAGAGAAUUAAAUGGGGAAUGCGGCCAUUUAUUCCUGAACCGGAGUUGUUUGAAGUCCCCAAAAGAGUGACACGAUUGCAUCAAAAAUAUAUCAACGCUGGUGUUGGAAAUGUUGAAACCUCAACUGAUAGUGAUUCAGAGCCAGAGGACGAUGUUUAUCUGUUUACUGAAGAAGAAGUAUCAGAGAAGCAAGUGCUUAUUCACAUAAAUUCCCAGGAAAUGGCAAGUUAUGUGCCUGGUAGCUUGAAAACUAUGAAAAUAUUCACAGAUAAGGCGUGCGAUGUACCAGUUCAAUUACCAUGUUUCGAACCAACUUUCAUUCACAAAUCACACCCCCAAGCUGGUAUUAUAGCAAAUGCCGGUUCGUUUAUAUGUGCAUCUUCUUGGGCACCUGGAUUUGAUGGUGAAUACCAAUAUCUAGCAGUGGCCACUUUGCCUGAGAAUAGCUCAGGCGAGGCCACAUCCAUCUAUCCACAAAUCUCAGCGUUUGCAACCCAGCCAUCACCAACUUCAAUUCAAGUAUAUCGCUUGAAUACCAACAUCCCAGACGGAAGUACUUCUCCAGAAGACUAUUUCCAACUUGUAGCAGUGUUUGCAACCGAAUCGGGUCCGAUCACCAAACUUGCUUGGAGACCCCUGGGUCCAUCUCCCUCUGCACCUGACACUGAAUUGGCUCAAACGAAGACAAAUAAAACAUCCAAGACGAAGGGAAAAGGAGUAGCAAAUAAUAUCACCCAUAUUGGAGUUCUGGCAGCAGGUUUCCAAGAUGGUAAAGCCCGUUUAUUGGAUGUUAAAGUAAACGCGCCGCCUUCAGGACCAUCUGGCUCUAAGAGUCGGGAACCACUGUAUGUGAAAGUAGACAAGUUUCUUCGUGAGUACUCACUAGACUCGAAAAUCACUUGUAUAGCAUGGCGAACUCUGAAUACAAUAGUAUUGGGCACAGCGGAUGGGUUCAUAGCCGAAUUUGAUGUGAGUGAUACUUCCAUAGACGGCAUCUACCCAUCAUUCUAUAUUCCAGUGCACGACUCGUUCAUCAAUCUGAUAGUUACGUGUUUUCCGUUCUAUGAGAACCUAGUAUUCACAUCUUCUGCAGACGGAUUCACGAGGUUAGUAGAUGUCCGGGACAUUCAGCGAAGUAGAACGAUUUCCACCCGAUUCAAAGGAUACACCACGUGUGCUUCCUACUGCGCUCAACUUAGUUCGUUUGUGUCACUGGAGGACACUUUCACCACCAAAAUCACGCCCAUACGGAGAUUAAACAUUCUUCAAGGAGCCACGAACAUUACUAGGCACGAAGCGUCGGUAUCCAGUGUGUCUGGCUCCUAUUUGCAUCCCAUGAUCAUCUCUGGAGGUGCUGAUGGCACGCUACAUAUCGGUAAUGCCAUUCGGCGGUCGACAGUAAGCAAACGUCAGACGAACGCUAUUUAUAAAGAGACCAUACUCUGGGAAUUCGAUGCUCCAGAAAAGUUCCCUGAUACAUGCAAGUUCGUGGACAUUCUCCAGGCAAAAGAUCUCCCCAAAGCACCUGCCAUCGAGCGACAGUUCAUAUAUCCUCGAACAGCAGUUGUUUCAAGUGUAGAGUGGAAUCAGAACCAAAUCGCUGGCUCCUGGUACGUCGCGGGACUCAGUUCAGGCGUGCUUCGAAUAGAGAACCUUGCUUGUCCCCAAUAG